CUUUAAGAGGAUGGACGAGCAGAGGGGAAAUUUAAUCGCUCCUUAACUGACCAAACGCUCAUCAAUUGACUGACGAGCAAGAAGGACGAUUUUCGGAUCUUUGCUGUGUCAAUUGCCAAAAAGUUACUUUUUUCUUAGUUUUUACACGUGGGACUAUGUUGUUAAACUACCUGAGUUGAUUAGAUUACGUGUUGCACUUUUCAGAAACAGUCAUCGGGAUUACAAUUACGCGCUACCCACACCGUUAUCGAGGGCUUUUACGUAGCACCGAGUCCUGGGGAGUCCCUCGCAUCCGCACAUACCCUUCCUCCUGUUCGACAAGUUCUGUCCCUUUCUUUCCUCACACCAGUUUACAUCGCAUAGCUGUUAAUUAAGGAUUCGGAGCAGUAAAGAACGGUAAAAUGGCUGAGGAGCAGGGGAAACCGGGGAAAGGGAUCAACACUGGGAAACUGGCCACCAGCAUGCAGAAAAGACUUAGUAGAGCGCAAGAAAAGGUCCUUCAGAAGCUGGGUAAAGCUGAUGAGACCAGGGACACAGCGUUCGAGGAGGGUGUGGCUAACUUCAACAAGCAGAUGGCCGAGGGCACCAAACUGCAGAAAGACUUGAGGGCCUAUCUGGCAGCAGUUAAAACCAUGCAUGAUGCGUCCAAGCGUCUGCAGGACUGUCUGGCGGAUAUGUACGAGCCAGAGUGGUUUGGCAAGGAGGAGGUGGAUACCAUCGCAGAGGAGACAGACAUCCUGUGGUCAGAUUACCACGACAAGCUUGCGGACAAUUCCAUGAUCGCCAUGGAUAACUAUCUGGCCCAGUUUCCUGACAUUAAGGCACGCAUCGCUAAGCGGGACAGGAAGAUGACCGACUACGACAGUGCGAGGCAUCACUUUGGCUCCCUACAGAAGGGCAAGAAGCAGGACCAGGCCAAGAUCGCCAAGCCGAUGUCUCUUGUGGAGAAGGCUGCCCCAGGUUGGGCCCAGGGGAUUCUGUCUGCUCAUCAAAUAGCCCAAACUAACCUGACCAGAAACCAGGCAGAGGAGGAGUUAGGGAGAGCUCAGAAAGUAUUUGAGGAGAUCAACGUAGAUCUGCAGGAUGAGCUUCCACAGCUGUGGAACAGUCGUGUUGGCUUCUAUGUUAACACAUUCCAGAGUAUGGCUGGAUAUCAGCAGAGGUUCCACAAAGACAUGGGAAAGCUGAACCAGGACCUGAAUGAUGUCAUGACCAAACUGGAUGAGCAGAGGCUGGCCAAAAAGGCAGGUAAAGACUGGAAGCCUGGACCCAAGAAGAGUGAGGCAGCCGCCGCCAACCACAGCGUUACCCCAGACGCUGCACCCAAGACGAGGCCGGCGCCCCCUGGACCCGCCCCUGUACGCCCGCCCCCCAGCCCCAGACCCUCGUUGACUCCAGCUCCAGACACGCAACAGGACAUAAUCUUGUUCGAUGGUGAAGCCCUGGUUCCCGACGCUAACACAACCGCACCGUCACAGGCAACCACUCCGUCACAGCCGCAGACUGACACUGCUGUGGCAGCCGCUGCAGGGGCUGCAACCACUGCGGUGACCAAUGGGUCUUCUGAGGCGCUGCCGGCUGGAGUCAUCUACAAGGUCAAAGCCAUGCAUGACUAUGCUGCCACCGAUGGAGACGAGCUGGAGAUGAAAGCAGGAGAUGUUGUGCUGGUCCUGGCCUGGGAGAAUCCUGAUGAGCAGGAUGACGGCUGGCUCAUGGGCGUGAAGGAAUCUCAUUGGCUGGAGAACAAAGACCUCUUGGCAAAAGGAGUCUUCCCUGAAAACUUUACCCAGAAGUUGUGAGCCGGACGUCCCAUCCAACCUGCACUCCCCCUUCCCCUCUAAUCCCUCUUCCGUCCUUUGGGACAUCUGCCAGGAUAGAAACAAACCAAAACCACAUCAUCUCAAUCCUUGACCCGUGUAUCAAAUGUGCUGGUAUAUUUUAGCAGAUUCGCACGAUUAUUGUUUUGAUUUGUUACAUUUGACUACGUAACGUAUGUGUUUUUGCUAAUGCUAAUGUGGUCAGUAAUGUAUUUAUGCUAAGCUAAUGUGGCCAGUAGAAACACAGAGUAUGCUAGUUUCAAUGAAAAAGUAAUGGAUGUCACACUGCUUGAACACCUUUUGACAUAUCAUGUAAAAAAAACAAAAAAAAAACAUUAAGAGUUGCAUGAUCAUUUUACUGUAGUAACAACAUCACACCCCUAGACAGAGAUUGGGACUGCUCUGGUAUCAGUCCUUCAGUUCUGACUGUGAUGAGACGAAAAAUGUACUGGUACUGGACCAGAACCUUGGGGCACACCAGAUUAAAGCAAUGUUGACCUGGGUCAUGUUCGGAAGGGUACUCGAAGAAAAACGUUUUGCAACGGGAAAACAAAAAAAAUCUCUGUUCUUAUUGGAGAGUUCAGGUAGCAUUCACCCUACUGGCUCUGUUGUCGUUAACUCUUAAGUCUAUACUUUAUGCCUGUAUCAAACUUUAAGUCACUAUUAUUAUAUUUUGCCCAAUGAAAUGCAAAAAGACUCAGUAGCAGUUCUGAAACCAUGUGAUCUUAUAUCUGUGACCCGUUUAAUGUACCAUUUGCCUCUGAGAAGUGGGCUCCCUAGGCUGUCGCUCCGCUAAGAUGAAUGUUUUAUCUAUUGUACUGUCCCACUCUCCACCUUUACUGUCCCUCUCUCCACCUUUUUAUUAUACUGUCCCUCUCUCCACCUUUAUGUAUUGUACUGUCCCUCUCUCCACCUUUAUGUAUUGUACUGUCCCUCUCUCCACCUUUAUGUAUUGUACUGUCCCUCUCUCCUAAGCAGUAGUUGAAGGGAAAUAAAGGAAACCCAGCCGUUGCUCUCUCCCUUAGAGAGAAAUCUCUCAGAGAUUGGGUCAGGAGUCAGGACACACAUCAGAAUCAGGCUCCCUAGCUCUGUGUAUUUUUCUAUCAGUCCCUCUCCUGUGAAAGAGAUUCCUGGGACAUGUGUUAGGGAAUGGUGUGCAGAAGCCCUGCAGCGUUGCAACCAUAUACAUGGAAUCCAUAGAAAGGGCUUUGAAGUUGAAACCUCUAGCCCUGGCAAUUUGACUGGUAAACUCACGUGUGCAAUGGCUGCCAGUCCACCCACUAUCCCACCAUUGACUUGAAUGAGGAAGCCUGUUCUAUGGAUUCUAUUUCUACGGUUGCGACAACUUUUGUGAAACACUGGAUAACUAAAGCAAGAGAAUAAUAGUCUCUCAACUCUGUGGUAUUGGUUUCAUUAGAACUCAGGUUAUUGCUUGGCUCUGAGUGGAGUGAUAAUGGCCCAAUCAUAAAAUCUACACCUAACUUGUCUGUAUUAGAAUAUGUUGAUAAGGGCUAGAGGGGGCGAGGGGUAAUGAACAAAACCGCAUGUUCAGAAGAGUUUUACAACUGUGGUCAAUGUUCUGAUCAAAAGUAAGGCAACUAUUUAUGGGUGUCAUACCAUUUUAAUGUAACAAUCCAUACAAAGUAUUCAAAGAGCCCUGAAACAAAUCAUCUCAGUGUCCACAUUGUGUCCUGCUGAAAACCAAAGUUAAACUCAAGUCAAAUUAAGCCUAUGGGAUGUACUGUGUUCAACUCCUAGAUGUAGCUGGAAAUCAACACCCGUGUGAACACCCUGUAACUGUAUGUUUAAAAUGUCUCUCGGUGGAAAGUGAGCGAGCCUGUAACCGACAGACUUCUUUACAACAUUAAAGAUGGAUUCAACACCA